CCCACGGGAAGGGAGAGAUAUUACCGAACUGAAACGGCUUAUGCAACCUUACCCAGAAAUUAUCAUAAUCGUGAUCGGGGGAGAUGAGUAAGAAGAGAAUACUGAUUGUGGGAGGAACAGGCUACUUGGGUCAGCAUCUUCUCCAUUCAAUUUCAGACCCUUCUUCUUUUGAUCUCGCCUUCACUUAUCACUCUACCCCUCCUUCCAAUUUGCUCCUUGCUCUCCCUCACUCUCUCUCCUUCCCCCUUGAUCUGCACAAUGGUCACGGCUUCGAUUCUAUUACUGCUACAUUCGGCCAGCCAGAUGUGGUAGUGAAUUGUGCUGCCCUUUCUGUCCCUCGGGCUUGUGAGGUGGAUCCUGCAGCUGCUAUGUCCAUUAAUGUGCCCACUGCUCUUGUCAACUGGAUGUCGAGUUUUAAAGAGAAAGACACUCUUUUUAUUCAUCUUUCAACUGAUCAAGUUUAUGAAGGGACCAAGUCUUUCUACAAAGAGGAAGAUGAGACUUCUCCAGUGAACAUUUAUGGAAAAUCAAAAGUGGAAGCAGAGAAGUUUAUUCUUUCAAAUUCCUCAAACUUUGCAAUUUUGAGAAGCAGUAUCAUCUAUGGCCCACAGACGAUAUCACCUGUCCCAAAGUCCCUUCCAAUUCAGUGGAUUGAUGGGGUUCUAUCAAAAGGAAACAAGGUGGACAUCUUUUAUGACGAGUUUCGAUGCCCGGUGUUUGUCAAGGACGUAGUGGCUGUCAUUUUAGCUUUGAUAACGAAAUGGGUCACAGAGGCCAAACCGAUGCAAUUAUUGUUAAAUCUCGGGGGCCCAGAUAGAGUUUCCCGUGUUCAGAUGGCUGAGGCUGUAGCAGAGAGCAGAGGAUAUGACAUAUCAUUGAUCAAUCACGUGUCUGCAUCAUCGGUUGAUCGUGGUGUGAAAUCCCCAGCCGAUAUAUCCAUGGACAUCAGCAAGCUUGUUAAAACACUCAAUAUAUCACCUACCUCGUUCAAAGACGGUGUAAAUUUGACACUUGCAACUCCAUGACUGGUAGACGAGUCUGCAAAGAUAUACUAUUGCGUUGUGACCCUUUUAUCUAUUUCUCGUUCCUUGCUCAUUCCUUGCCAAGAUCAUAAACUCUCAUCUCAAAGGCUACACAUUGUCCUUUGCUGGAUGUUUAUUCUGCUAGUUUUUCUGAUAACACAAGCCAAAGGUGUCAUCAAAACCAGUACGAUGGCCAGAUUGCGCUCCGAAGUGGAGAGGUGUUGUACUACUUGAGGAGAUGUCCUUGUUCCUCUUCCCUGCAAAGGCAUCAAGAAUGAAAACCAUGUUGUAUACACACUGCAAAUCACAUCCCAAUAAAUUUUUACUUUUGUGGUGUUUUUGACUUC